GAAAUUACGUAUAAGGAUUUACGGGAAAAGAAGUUAUCAGUUCAGGGAGCUCUCUCUCUCUCUAAGAAGCCCUGGUCUUUCCAUUUGGUUGAUUAUUUUCCCUACUUUCUCUCUCCUCUAUGGAAAAGACUCUACUUCUGUUUUUCUUCGCCGUCCAGUGAGAGAACCUGUAGAUCUCCGGCAAUGACCCACGAUUCUGGAAAAUAAUUCCAUAGGAUGGGGUUGGUAAAGGAAGAAAGUUCACUGGAAAAGUCUGUUAUUUGGAUUCUCACCUCAAGAGAAUCUUUUGCCUAAUAAUUGAAAAACUGGGGAAAGAGAAGAUUGGGUACUAACCUGUUUUUCACAGCCUCAGAAAUGGAUUUCAGAAGAGAGACUAUGAUUCCGGAAGUGAAAGAUUACCAGAUUCACAGUUCUUGGGUUCCAAUAACCCCAGUGAAGCCCAUUCUGCCAAAACCGCAGCCGAUCUACGCAGACAGGCAAGAAAAUCAGCUAGGCCAUGAAAAUUUGAUUGUAGCAGAGAGAUUUUCAACCGGGUUUGCAGAGGAAACUCGAGCCCAUGGAACAGUUGCAUGUUGUGAUUCAACAAAUUACAUUGACUUGAACAAGGACUUUGAUGAUUGGGAAGCAGAUUUCGCUGGGAAAUCCCAAGUAACUGGUGGUGAAUUCAGCAUUUGCAGUGAAUUUUCCAUGGAUACAGACAGGAUAGGAAAUGUUCCUUUUGGAAAUCUCAUGGCCCUCGCUGAUGUUGCUGCUACAACAGAUUCUGCAAAUGCUGCCAGGGAAUGGAAUGUUAAUGAAGAAAACAGUUGUUUCAUUUCUAUUUUCGACUCUCACUUCAAAGGUAGUCGAUUUGAGAACUGCUCCACGACUUCGUCCCCUGCAAACCAAGAGAUCUCAUUUGGAUCAAACCUGUGGAGUAACAGCAAUUGUGCACUGGAUAGGCCUUUAUCCGGAAAUUACGUUCCUGCCCAAGCCACCUAUGAUCUCAACUUGCCACCAGGAGCAUUAACAGAUGCAUUCACAAGCAGGAACAUCACUGCCCAGUUUUCACCCAUAACACCAGAUCAGUCCAAGAAAGGAGAAACCAAGCACGAUUAUGAUAUUCACAAUUUAAACAUGGAUGAAAGAACAAAUCAGGCAAGGGACGAGGGGAACGAAGUUGCUAUUAGGGUUGAAGUGGACGAGCUCCACCAUGAUAAAGAACAGCAACGACUACCAAAAGGUUUGUCAAGUUCUGCUAUUUCAACACAAUUGCACGAGAAUCACAACCCUGACAAGGAAGGCAACCCUGGCAUUGACCUGAACAGAACACAACAGAAACUGAGAAGAAAAAAGCACAGGCCCAAAGUGGUUAUAGAAGGCCAGCCCAAAAGGACUCGAAAGCCAGUGACCCCAAAGCCUGUGGCCCCCGAGGAAAACACAACAGGCAAGAGGAAGUAUGUCCGAAAAAAUGGACUCAACAAAACCCCAGGCACUCCCACAGUGGAAGUGACAAGCAAAAGUACUCAUCCAAAAACAGCACCGCGUGUAACAAGAUCCUGCAGGAGAACAUUAAAUUUUGACUUGGAAAGCCCAGUGAGAGAAGAAAGCUCUUCAUACAGGCCACAUUCCAAUGAGAAUGCAGAAUCACAAGCACAAAACUUUUAUACCAGAGUUGAAUCAAAAUCAACUGUUCACCUUGGCCAAGGGAUAGAGGCAAUGGUUGAGAAGACACAAGUGGGCAUUGCUUAUGAACUUAACCGCUCCAUGAACAAAGUGCUAGAAGAUUACAUAGCAAUGCCAGAAAGACAAGCCCCAUGCCCCCCAACCCCAGCCAAAACUGAUCGAUCACAUGAAAACUUAAAGGGUCAUGCCCGAAAUGAGCAUACAAGAGGAAAAUGUCAGAUAGUUUUCUCCAAUGAAACAUAUGAUAAACAGGGAAGCAUUGUACAAAUGAUGAUGAAUACUGAUAUCCAAUCCACACCGAGGAGUCCAAACGAUUCCAUCUGCAGCAGCAGUGCAUGUUUGACCGAGGGAGAACAAGCAAGGGGAUUAAAGAGGGUACAUUCAUGCACAAUUGAUGAGGCAGAACCCAGCCGCACAAAUGUGAUUGGACGUCAUUACAAUUCUUUGCAUGAAUAUCUGGCAAGAUUUCCAGCAAAUGUAUAUAACAAUAACAGAAUUCCUGGCAUGCAUUUUCCUACAAUUUACAAGAAAAAGAGAACUGAGAAAGCGCACAGUUCAACUAUGUCCAACAUAUUGUCUAUUGAGACUGCUGCAGAAAAUAGUGCGAGACGAGCAACACCAUGGCCUCUGAACAAUGCCUGUGCAACUCCUUAUACAACAGAAACCAAUUGCAGGUUUUCUACUGCUCAAUUUAACACUACCAGAACCUCAACCAAAACUACUCCACUUACAGAUGCUCAGGGUAAACAGAAAACUUUCGAAUGUAAACUGGCUUUGGACCAGAAAGGAAGGAUGACAAAGAAGAGAUCCAAAGGCCCUACUCGGGUACGCGACUUGGCUUCACUAAUUAGAAUUAUAAAGGGAAAACAAUUGCCAAGUUUUCCUGCUAGAGGGGCACCAAUACGGGAUAAUAAGCAGCUGUAUGAAAUUUCACAUCACCCUCACACAUGCAUGGAAGCACUGGUUGCAGACACUCGUGCAACAAUGACAACAAAGAAGCGGACAAAAAGAAACUCUACUGGUGCAAAACAGAAGAGAAUCCCCACUAUUGAUGCAAUAGUUGAGUAUUUAAAGUGUCUAGACAUCAAUCGGGAAAGCAAACAAGUCACAUAUCAAGAGCAGGGUGCAAUUGUUCCUUACAACUUAAGAUUUGAAAAGAAAAAUGCACUAGUUCUUUAUAAAAGAGAUGGAACGGUGGUGCCUUUUGAAGGUUCAUUUGGUCUUGUUAGGAAAUGGCGACAGCGACCUAAAGUUGACCUUGAUGAAGAGACAAAUAGAGUAUGGAAGCUUCUUCUGGAAAAUAUAAACAGUGAAGGUAUUGAUGGGACCGAUGAAGAGAAAGCAAAAUGGUGGGAAGAAGAACGACGAGUGUUCCAAGGGCGGGCAGACUCAUUUAUUGCACGCAUGCAUCUCGUACAAGGAGAUAGACGCUUCUCUCCAUGGAAAGGAUCAGUUGUGGACUCAGUGAUUGGAGUUUUCCUUACUCAAAAUGUCUCAGACCAUCUUUCUAGUUCUGCCUUCAUGUCUCUUGCUGCACACUUUCCGCUUGACAGCCCAUGCUUUGAAGAGACAAGUAUAUUAGUCGAAGAACCAGAAGUGUGCAUACUGGACCCGGAGGAUUCCAUCAAAUGGCAUGAAGAGAAGUCAAAUCAACCAGCCUAUGACAGGAGUUCUAUAACACUGCAUGAAAUGUAUUCAACUGUAGAAAAAGUUGUCAGUGGAAAUGAAUUUCUAGGAAGCAGCAGCGGUGGUGUAAAGUCAACAGAUAAUUUGAAAUGUAAAUCCUCAGAUAUUUCUGGAAAUAGUCUAGAGAUAUACCAUAAAUCAUCAACAGACACAGUGGUGAAUCAGCUCACAGAAGCAGUGGCAGGUUUCACGGGAGACAGAAGAGAAACAGAUGAUGUACUUUCUUCUCAGAAUUCUGUCGGUUCCUCUCAAAACUCUGUGGACUCAUCAAUGGCUCAAACCACUGAAAGAAUAAGAUCAUUUUUGCAUGACAACUCAGAAGCAAAUCCAGGAACCAGAUCAAAUCCCAACAGUCUUGUUGGCUCUUCUUUUGUGGAGCUAUUACGGAGCGCAGAAACCUUGUGUGGAAUUUACAAUCACAAGACUGGAAAUGCAUCGUCUUAUGAAGAAAAUGGGUCCACCUACAAGGAUAGUUCAGAAUGUGACACACAAAAACAAAACAAGGAUAACUUGGAUAAUAAAACCUCCUCAUGGCAGAUCAUCACUUCCAAUAAUUAUUGUUUACAAAUGACCACUGACUUGGGACUGAAAGUUGAAUCCUUCACAAUGUUGGGAGAAAAAAGCUUGUCUUCUGAUAUUUCCAAGAAAAAUGAAGAAAACUGCACAAGUGAACAAAGUGAAGUAACGGCAGAAUCUGUAAGCCGGACUAUGGUUCGAAAGGUCAUGGCUACGAGUUUCCAAGAAACACCAAAAUCUCCCAGUGAAAACAAUCAUGCAUGCAGCAGAAUUCACGGAAAGGUGAAUAGGAUCUUCCAGUCUCAAUACAGACCAGUUGGGAAUCCCAAGGAUAACAUUGAAUCACAGACUCAAGAGCAAAAUCGUAGAAUGCAGCAAGUUCUUGAGGCUCCAAACCUUUCAACAGAGACCUUGGAUGUCACACAGAGCACCACCGUAACUAAUAACCCAGAAAACACUGAACAUAAGGCAGUUGAGUCAAGUUUGAAAGACCAUGGAUAUCUUCCUAGCAAGGCAAUUAAUUCUGAUACUUCCAAAGUGAAGAGGGUUAGGAAUGGAAAGCAGAAACAGAACACAGUUGACUGGGAUAGCUUAAGAUCGCAGGCACAAGCCAAAGGUAAAAGAGAAAGAACAGCCAACACAAUGGACUCGUUGGACUGGGAAGCAGUACGGUGUGCAGAUGUUAACGAGAUUGCUGACACCAUCAAAGCAAGGGGAAUGAACAACAUGCUAGCGGAGAGAAUUAAGGAUUUCCUGAACAGACUGGUUAGAGAACACGGAAGCAUAGAUCUUGAAUGGUUGAGGGAUGUUCCACCUGACGAAGUAAAAGAAUAUCUGUUGAGUGUAAGAGGGUUGGGCUUGAAAAGCGUGGAGUGUGUGCGGCUUUUGACACUUCACCAUCUUGCUUUCCCGGUUGACACAAACGUUGGACGUAUAGCUGUCAGACUAGGAUGGGUACCCCUUCAGCCGCUGCCUGAGUCACUACAGUUGCAUCUUCUAGAACUGUACCCAGUGUUGGAAUCAAUUCAGAGAUAUCUCUGGCCACGACUCUGCAAGCUUGACCAAAGAACAUUAUACGAAUUACAUUACCAGAUGAUUACUUUUGGAAAGGUGUUUUGUACCAAAAGCAAACCAAAUUGUAAUGCAUGUCCAAUGAGAGGAGAAUGCCGGCAUUUUGCAAGUGCAUUUGCAAGUGCAAGGCUUGCCCUCCCUGGGCCAGAAGAGAAAAGAAUAGUGACUGCAACUGAAAACAAAGCAACUAAUGAAGUCAUCAAACCAUUGCAGCUACCUCUACCUCUACCUCUACCUCUACCUCAGGCUAAUCAACAACUGCAAGCACAAUCUCAAAUCAAUAACUGUGAACCUAUUAUUGAAGUGCCAGGAACACCAGAGCCUAUUGUUGAAGAACCAGCAACGCCAGAGCAUGAGCAACCACAAAUACCAGAAAGUGACAUUGAGGACGCGUUUUGUGAAGAUCUUGAGGAAAUUCCUACAAUCAAACUCAAUAUUGCAGAGUUGACUCAAAAUUUGCAAAACUACAUGCAACAGAGUAUGGAACUUCAGGAGGGCGAAAUGUCAAAUGCUUUAGUAGCUUUGACUACAGAAGCUGCUUCAAUCCCUAUGCCUAAACUCAAAAAUGUGAGCCGGCUAAGAACAGAACACCAUGUCUAUGAGCUUCCAGAUUCACAUCCUCUACUGGAAGGGUUGGACAAACGAGAACCUGAUGACCCAUGCUCAUACCUUCUUGCUAUAUGGACACCUGGUGAAACUGCAAAUUCAAUUCAACCACCAGAAAGGAGGUGUAGUUCCCAAGAAUAUGGCAAACUAUGUGAUGAAAAUACGUGUUUUUCAUGCAAUAGCUUCCGAGAAGCAAACUCCCAUACUGUUCGAGGGACCCUUCUGAUACCAUGUCGAACAGCUAUGAGAGGGAGCUUUCCACUCAAUGGUACAUAUUUUCAAGUUAAUGAGGUGUUUGCUGACCAUGACUCUAGCAUUAACCCAAUUGAUGUUCCUAGGGCUUGGAUUUGGAAUUUGCCAAGACGCACAGUUUACUUUGGAACCUCUAUACCUACAAUAUUUAAAGGUCUAUCAACGGAAAUUAUUCAAUAUUGCUUUUGGAGAGGUUUUGUUUGCGUAAGGGGAUUCGACCAGAAGACGAGGGCACCCCGUCCUCUCUUGGCAAGACUACACUUUCCAGCUAGCAAAUUAACUAGGACAAAAGGUAAAACUGAUGACAAGCAAGAAUAAUGCACUCACUAUAAUUGCCACCAGAUCCAAACAAUGUAGAUGGGCACCAUCAGACCAACAUUUUGCGGCAUGACACUCAACAAGAGUGACUAUGUUGAUUGGAGGGGACAAAUGAGGAUUGGCUAACUUGUUUUAUCCCAUGAUGAAUGGGCAUGUUGUUUAUGUAUAAUGAACACAAUCCUAGUUAUUUAAUUCACGCUCAAAGUUGAGCAAUUCUUCAAUAAGCAGCAAAAUAACACACCA